AUGAGGGAUGGAUACUCAGAGUUCUGGAUAGGAUUAAACAAUAUAGAACAAGACGGGUGGAAAUGGGAUGAUGGUACAUCAGACAUCAGCUUUGUUGAUGCCUCUUUAUCUCUUGACCCUUUGAGGCGAUGCGUCUACGAAGACGUACUCUACGGAGAUGGCCGGAGAACAGAGAAUUGCAAUAUGAGAUGUGACAAUUUGGUUUGUAUGAAGAGGACUGGCUCAGACGAGCUUGUCACCACGGCUAGGUACACGCCUGUGCGAUCCGGGGGCUGUCCUUCAGGCUUUGUAGAAUCUCCGAUAAAUAACAAAUGUUACAAGAUAGUUCAGGACUCGAGAUUAAACUUUAGACAGGCAAAGUAUUCGUGUAGCGUUCUAGGAAAAGACUUUUCUCUUGUUUCAAUUCAUUCAGCGAUGGAAAAUGCUUUCAUAGAGCUUCAGUUUGAUACUACGAAAUCAAAGAAUUUGUGGAUUGGACUCUUUGAUAAUAAUUAUUAUUAUGAUAAACGUUAUUUCAUUUGGAUGGACAAUUCCCGCGUAGACUUCACAAACUGGGCUAGAGGGGAACCAAACUCACUUACCGAAGGUUGUGCGGAGAUGAGCGUCAAGGAUGGAAGUUGGAAUUCUAUAUCUUGUUUUUUAAAUAGGAGUUACAUUUGUCAGACAAACAAAGGUAAAAGGAGUAACAUUUGUCAGACAAACAAAG